UUAUCCCUGCAAGACAUGAAGGGCUUCCUGUUUCUCACACUCCUCCUGAUGCCCGUGCACGCUGGAACUGCUUGGAGUGCGAAAUAUGCAGUAGAUUGUCCCGAGCCCUGUGACAGUAACGCGUGCAAAAGUACCUUGCGCUGUAAGCGAACGGUGCUGGAUGACUGUGGCUGUUGCAGAGUGUGUGCAGCUGCUCUGGGGGAGACUUGCUAUCGUACGGUCUCGGGUAUGGAUGGUGUCAAGUGUGGUCCUGGGCUGAAGUGCCAGUUUUACACUGAGGAGGAUGACUUUGGUGAUGAAUUUGGUAUCUGCAAAGAGUGUCCCUACGGUACCUAUGGAAUGGAAUGCAGGAAAACCUGCAACUGUCCCUCUGGCAUCUGUGACAGAGUAACCGGGAAGUGUUUGAAAUUCCCAUUUUUUCAACUGUCUGCUUCAAAGCCUCCAAAUCGACGAAAAAUAGUUUCACAUACAGAGAACGACAUGGCAUCAGGGGAUGGCAAUUCUGUAAAAGAGGAAUUCGUUAAGGAGAAAGCUAUUCGCUCUCCGGUAAUGAAGUGGCUAAAUCCUCGCUGA